AUGGCAUCAGGGACGAAGAGCGGUGACUUGCUAGUCGGCACGAUCGCACCUUUUCUUGUUGCGCUCCCGUUCGUCAUCAUCCGGCUUUACACGGCCUCCUUUAUCUUCAGGAGGUGGUCAUGGGCAGACACACUCCUGGUCGCAUCAGUGGUUUUUGCCGUGGCGUGUACUGGUGUCAAAAUCGCAGUGACCGAAACCUACGUCAAAGGUCCUCGCGGCAACUGGCUGGUCGGCAACGUCCUACUGAUAUACAGGUUGAUCGGACUGAUCGCGUUCCCGUGUCAGGCCGUCUCCACGGCCCUGGCCAAAGCCUCGGUGGCGCUGCAUCUCCUCAACUUCGCGGCGACGCGGUCCAUGAAGAUGCUCCUGUGCAUGGUGAUAGGCGCCGUGGCCACCUACAGCGUCGCACUGGUCAGCUGCUCGAUCGCGUGUACAGUCACCGUGCGCGGCCUGGGAGACGUGAUAUUGGGCAACAAGAGUGUCAUCUGCGUACAUGCCACCGAGUCGUACAUCGUGGGCGGCUUGUUGAAUUCCCUUACCGACUCGAUCCUCCUACUUGUUCCUAUGUGGAUUUUAAAGCCACUGCAGAUGAGCUGGAGCCGCAAGCUCGCCUUGCUGCCUAUCCUGAUGGCUGGCGGCUUCGUCUUGGGCGUGAGCCUCGUCCGUCUCAGAUACUCGUGGCGUUUACGGACUGCCGCAGGCAGUUCUCCCCAGAGCUGGAAAGAGAGCUCGACGUGGAACAACCUCGAAAUGUGGGUGGGCAUCAUCUGCUGCUGUCUGCCGUCGCUCGGGCCCUUCUUCCGACAGGGGGCGAAACGGUUCAGCCGCGACGUCGUCGACAAGCGCCCCAAGAUCAUGGUCACCAGCACGGUGACGACGGUCGUCUCCGGGCCGUCGUGCUGUCUGAGCCAGAGCGACUCCUUCGCGAUGCACUCGGUCGGCGUCGAAGAGGAGCGGCACUACACGAGGCUUGAGGUUCCUAGCAAAGACAUGGCGGCGCCCAAGCGCGCCAGAGAGGCCGCCGCGGCCCAGAGCGAGGUAGCGGAUUCUUAUCCGCAGCUUCCCCCGCACCUGGUUUUGACGCCUUGCAAAGGCAGCGUGGUGGCGUCGUGCAGUCGAGCCUCGCUGCCAGCCAAGCCGUCGCCGAUAUACCGAUAAUCAAGACAGCAAUUGUUCAAUCCUGUUGGG